CCCAGUGCGCCAAUCCAGAGGGUAGAGGCCCGGGUCGAACCCCAGGGGAGCUGCGGGGAGAUGGCAGAUAGGUACUUCAGACCUGUUGGUAAUGAUGGCCUGAGCUAAACACCUAAUUUGAAGGGACACUGUCCUUGUCAAAGAACAGAAUGCUGAGGAAGCUGUGGCAAGUGAUUGGAGUUGUGCUUCAAAAAGUUCAGCAGUUCAACAGUAUUUUAUCUGCCAACAAUAAGCUCUUUACUUGAUUGCACCAUGAAAAAGCUGCUAAUGAAACUUGUUGAACACAAAAAUGGACUUGAAGAACCAAAAGCCAUUGUUUUCAAAUGAAGAAUACUGAACAGUUUUAAGCCUCAAUGCAUUUUAAUCACCACUGAGAUUUUCCUCAUAACAUCAGAAUGGCAAGCAGACGAAAAUCCACAACACCCUGCAUGGUCCUGGCCAGUGAGCAAGAUCCAGACCUCGAGCUGCUCUCAGAUCUGGACGAAGGCCCUCCUGUGCUCACGCCUGUAGACACCAGGGCAGGGAGCAUCUCAAGUGAUGAAGAAGUUCAUGAAUCUGUGGAUUCUGACAAUCAGCAAAACAAAAAAGUUGAAGGUGGCUAUGAAUGUAAAUAUUGUACUUUUCAAACCCCAGAUCUAAAUAUGUUUACUUUUCAUGUGGAUUCAGAACAUCCCAACGUAGUGCUAAACUCAUCCUACGUUUGUGUCGAAUGCAAUUUUCUUACCAAAAGAUAUGAUGCACUUUCUGAGCAUAAUCUGAAAUAUCACCCAGGAGAGGAGAAUUUUAAGUUGACUAUGGUGAAACGAAAUAACCAGACAAUCUUCGAACAGACAAUAAAUGAUCUGACCUUUGAUGGAAGUUUUGUCAAAGAGGAGAACUCAGAGCAAGCUGAACCUACAGAAGUUUCUUCUUCAGGAAUAUCUAUCAGUAAAACUCCAAUUAUGAAAAUGAUGAAGAACAAAGUGGAGAACAAACGGAUUACGGUUCACCACAACUCAGUGGAGGACACUCCUGAAGACAAAGAGAAUGAAAUCAAACCGGAUCAGGAAGAAACUGUGGAAGAUCCAAGCUCUUCAGCUUCUGAGUGUAACACAAGCACUAACGCGGUGAACAGAAUACAUCCGGGCGUCGCCAGCGCGGUGGUGACCCCCGCAGCCGUUCUUCCUGGGUUGGCGCAGGUGAUAACCGCCGUCUCCGCUCAGCAGAAUUCCAGUUUGAUUCCCAAAGUCUUAAUCCCCGUCAAUAGCAUUCCUACCUACAAUGCUGCAUUGGAUAACAACCCCCUUUUGCUUAACACCUACAACAAAUUCCCUUACCCGACCAUGUCAGAAAUUACUGUGCUUUCUGCCCAGGCGAAGUACACAGAGGAACAGAUCAAGAUCUGGUUUUCAGCCCAACGCCUCAAACAUGGGGUCAGCUGGACUCCGGAGGAAGUAGAGGAGGCAAGACGAAAACAAUUCAAUGGGACAGUACACACUGUACCUCAGACCAUAACUGUUAUUCCUACACACAUCUCCACGGGGAGUAAUGGCUUACCACCCAUUUUACAGACAUGCCAAAUAGUUGGUCAGCCAGGGCUGGUCCUUACACCAGUAGCCGCAGCAAACACCCUGCCGGUGACGGCGCCUAUAGCCUUGACAGUGGCGGGGGUUCCAAAUCCAACAAACGUGCACAAGAGUCAGGCCCCCGCUGCCGCGCAGCCUGUGGUAGAGACGAAGCCAGCAGCUGCCGCCGCCCCGCCUCCGCAGCUGGUCAAACACGAGGCCGCCUUGGCGAACCCGGAUUCAUUUGGCAUCCGGGCAAAAAAGACGAAAGAGCAACUGGCAGAACUGAAAGUUAGCUACCUUAAAAAUCAGUUUCCCCACGAUUCGGAAAUUAUCAGACUUAUGAAAAUCACAGGCCUGACUAAAGGAGAGAUUAAAAAAUGGUUUAGCGACACAAGGUACAACCAGAGAAACUCGAAGAGUAAUCAGUGCUUGCAUCUCAACAACGACUCCUCCACCACGAUCGUGAUAGACUCCAGUGACGAAACCGCGGAAUCCCCGACCGUUGUCACUUCGCAGCCCAAACAGUCCUGGAAUCCUUUUCCCGACUUCACCCCCCAGAAGUUUAAAGAGAAGACUGCAGAGCAGCUUCGCGCCCUUCAGGCAAGUUUUCUCAACAGCUCCGCACUCACGGAUGAAGAAUUAAAUAGGUUAAGAGCGCAAACCAAACUUACCAGAAGGGAAAUUGAUGCUUGGUUUACAGAGAAGAAGAAAUCAAAAGCUUUAAAGGAAGAGAAAAUGGAAAUAGAUGAAAGUAAUGCAGGUAGUUCCAAAGAAGAAGCUGGAGAAACUUCUCCCAGAGAUGAAUCCGGUGCAUCCAAGUCAGGGAAUACGGGCAAGGUAUGUAAAAAAACACCGGAGCAGCUGCACAUGCUGAAAAGUGCAUUUGUCCGGACGCAGUGGCCGUCCCCGGAGGAGUAUGACAAGCUGGCGGAAGAAAGCGGGCUUGCGAGAACAGAUAUAGUUAGUUGGUUUGGGGACACCCGUUAUGCUUGGAAAAAUGGAAACUUAAAAUGGUACUACUACUAUCAAAGUGCCAAUUCCAGUAGUAUGAAUGGCCUGUCUUCCCUCAGGAAAAGGGGGAGGGGGAGGCCCAAGGGAAGGGGACGAGGAAGACCGCGUGGGCGGCCAAGAGGGAGCAAGAGGAUGAACAACUGGGACCGGGGGCCAUCACUCAUAAAGUUUAAAACUGGAACUGCAAUACUUAAGGAUUAUUACCUGAAGCACAAAUUUCUUAAUGAGCAAGACCUGGACGAACUCGUUAACAAAUCACACAUGGGCUAUGAGCAGGUCAGAGAGUGGUUUGCAGAACGACAGAGAAGAUCAGAGUUAGGUAUAGAAUUGUUUGAGGAAAAUGAGGAGGAAGAUGAAGUCAUUGAUGAUCAGGAAGAGGACGAAGAAGAAACCGAUGAUAGUGAUACUUGGGAACCCCCACGACAUGUGAAGCGGAAGCUUUCUAAAUCAGAUGACUGAAAUCUGCCUAAAAUGUUGGAGGAGAAUCAAUUCUUCAACGCAAGAUGUCUGAUUUACUGUGAAUGGGCCCAAACUUUGAUGACACUGAAAACGUUUUGGGGCAUACACAUUCUCAAAAGAUAGGAUCCAAUGCCCAAAAGAAACGGAACUUAAUGUUGUGCCAAAGUUAAACUACUGCAUUUGGCGGAAGUUCUGCAAUGUAAAUAGAACACUAAUUAAAAAAAACAACUUGUAAAAAUUGAAAUUUUAAUAUAGUACAUUUUUAUUCAGAUACGACGGAGACGUUCUGAUUCUUAGACUUUCUGAGGGGGUUUAAUGACCACUAGAGCUUGUCCUCCUAUUCUGUCCAGGUUAAUACUGUACGUCUAGUGAGAUGGGCCUUACUGCCUCUAUUCUUUGAUACGUGAUUAAGUUUAUAGCUUUGAGUGACCAAACAUUUUACAGAGUAAAAAUUAUUAGAAACAGGAAAAAGAAGAACCUGAUUUAUUUCUAUGUCUUAUUUAUCAGGCCCUGCACCAAGAUUAAAAUUUGUACAGGGGCUUAUACCAUUUUAAUGUAAAACAGCCUAUUGACGCGCGUUGGAACCAUUAAGAUUUUGUGGUGUCAUUGGCCCUUAAUGAUUGGAUCUUUAAUUGAACACAUUCGUAGACACCACUCUUACUCUGUAAUACUCUGUUCAUUUUUUUUCAUUAGAAGCUGAAUUUGCUUUGUGGUAAAUUGAAGAUAAUCAAUAUUGAAGAGGGAAAAGAAAAUGGCAUUAAGAAUUUGGAUAGGGUGAAACUCUGAAAUAAAUAUUUUACCAAAAAUGUGAAGAAGUACCAUGUAGUAAAUAUAUACUUAGUGUUUUCUUACAAUCACAUAGAAAUCAGAGAUGUUUGUACAGGUAUCAGAUCAGAAUUUUCAAGAAUUGCCUUUCAGUGAAAUUCUACUGUAGGUAGCAAUUUCAGUGAAAAGAGAAAAAAUUCUGAGCUGAUCAUACUGAGUUAAAGGUUAGCUUUUCACUUAUGAAUUAUGGGAGUGUUAACUGUUAACUCUUGCCAUAUCAGGAGACUGAAAGUCCAUACUAACUUAUAAACUUUGUAAAGACAGGUGCUGUUCAUUCAUGUUGAGAAGGACCCUUUUUUUUGUGACUAUAGGAUCGUUUUUCAAAAUGUGCUUUCUUCAUAGAAAAGUGUUCAGUUUAAUUAGCUCUGCAUUUUAAAAUGUUUUUCUGAAUGACCGGAUGUAGUGGGCUUGGCCAGUUUUUUUUUUUUGUCUAAUUUGAUGAAUAAUAUUGAGCUCUUGUUUUUACCUAAAUGUUUGUCAGCUAAUGAAAUGUUAUGAAAAAGCCUUGAAUAUGCAUGCUGCUUUCAUUUUUAUAAACUUUUUAUUUUUUAACUAUAGCUUUAUUAGUAAUUCCAAAAUGCUGCAAUGUAGCUGAUUUCUUCACUCAGACAGCUGGCUUUGUGGGUGGCUUUUUCAUACUACUGUUAACUUUUUUAAGAAGAAGCAAUGUAAAGACUGUAACAAUUUAAUGCACUAAACUGUUCUUUCUUUUACACAUUUAAAAACUUCUUAAAACACUCUGUAUUAUAAUGAUUAAAUUGCUCCCUUUUUUAAACCAUUGCUGAACAUGGUCUGAGUUUUGUUUGACAAUUUAAUAUUUUCAGAUUUGAGAUGUCAAGUAUUGGAAAUGAAGCCUUCGAAUAUAUAUUAUGCUUCCCUGGCAUAUGUUAACUUUGUGUAACUGUAAAUAACUAGUAGUAAUCCCCCCACCCUCUGCCAUCUCUUUUAUAAACUUGGCACUUCGCUCUGCUCUGAUGUUUGCUAGCUUUUGAAUAUAUUUAUUUGACAGAGCAAAACCCUCCUCUCCUGGUUGAUCAUGUCCUUGAAUACAGAAUAAAAGUUAGCACUGA